GAGGUCAGGAGGACCAUAUCAUAGGGGGGUGAGUUCUACUUCAUCUCGAAGCUCAGGCCACUCAGCUUCGAUASUGGUGCGCAAUGAUGGGGGAGGGCAUGGAGGCUUCGAUUCAUGAGGGCCUGCGGGGAAUCCCUCUUGACCUGCAGGGCGGGGAGGAUGCGUCCGCGCUCUCUACUGUGAUAACUUACAAGCAGCAGCUAGAGGAGAUGUACGCGGCGCUGUGUCAAGCGGAUGGAGAACUGCCAUACGAGGUUCUGUUGGUGGGAGAGCAGACCUACGACGGGUGGGCUGAUGAACUUUAUGAUCUGAUCUCGCUUCGACAGCAGGAUGCGACUGACAGAACGCGGGCGAUGGCUCUUUUCUACGAUUGCAUGGAGAUACUGCAGCUGGUUCAAGACACGUUUGCUGAUCUUCUGGCGAGGGGAAGCGUGGGUAGUUAGCCAGCUAUGAAGAUGCGGACAGAAUUGAUAACAUCAGCAUCAGUGACAACGUCAUCAACAACAUCAAUUUCAGCAUCAGUGACAACAUCAUCAACAACAUCAAUCUCACCAGCGUCAGCGGCGUUGGUAUUAACCACAACCACGUUAUCUGUGGUUAACAAGGAUAAAGUGUCAAUACCAAC